AUGGGUAGCAUAGAUCAGAGUCUUCGAGCCUGGUGGAAAGAGAGCUCGGUAUAUCAGGUAUACCCUGCAUCCUACCAAGACUCCACAGGUUCCGGUGUUGGUGAUCUAAAGGGCAUCAUCUCACGAGUCGAUUACCUCAAAGACCUGGGUGUUGAUAUCGUAUGGCUUUCACCAAUUUUCAAGAGCCCCCAGGUUGAUAUGGGGUAUGAUAUCAGCGACUACUACACAAUCGAUCCUCCAUAUGGAGACGUCUCAGAUGUUGAUGUUCUCAAAGAUAAACUUCAUGAGCGAGGCAUGAAACUUGUACUCGACCUGGUCAUGAAUCACACUAGUGACCAACAUGAGUGGUUCCAAGAGUCUCGCAAAUCCAAAGACAACCCCUAUCGAGACUGGUACAUCUGGAAGCCUGCAAAGUAUGAUGCGGAUGGAAACAGACAUCCUCCCAACAACUGGGACGCCCACUUCCAAGGAAGCGCCUGGGAGUAUGACGAGAUCACAGAUGAGUACUAUCUCUGCAUCUUCUGUAAGCAACAGCCAGACCUUAACUGGGAGAACCCGGCAGUUCGCAAGCAGGUCCACAAUGUGAUGCGCUUCUGGCUCGACCGCGGCGUCGAUGGUUUCCGCAUGGAUGUUAUCAACUUUGUCAGCAAGGACCCAGCAUUCCCCGACUCAAACAAGACUGUUCUCCGGGGAACAGAAUACUACGCCUGCGGUCCCAGAUGUCAUGAGUUCCUCAAGGAAAUCGGCACUAUCCUCCAAGAGUACAAUGCUUUCAGUGUUGGAGAGAUGCCCUGUGUUCACGACGAGCGUGAGCUGAUCAAGGCUGUUCGAGGUGACCGCGGAGAGCUCAGCAUGAUCUUCCACUUUGAGCUGAUGGACAUCGACCACGGUGUUGGGGGCAAGUUCACGCCCAAAUCCUGGACACUCUCUGAGCUGAAGGCCACCACCCUCAAAUGGCAGAAGUUCAUGUACGACAAUCAAGGCUGGAAUGCACUGUACCUGGAGAAUCAUGACCAGCCACGGGCAAUCAGCCGCUUUGUCUACGAUGACCCGGAUCAUCGUGUUGCCAGCGCAAAACUCAUUGCAAUCUUCCUUGGUUUCCAGGCAGGCACGCCUUUUAUUUACCAAGGCCAGGAGAUUGGCAUGACCAAUGUUCCUAAGGAUUGGGACUUGGAAGAGUACAAGGACCUCGACUGCCUCAACCACUGGGAAUUGCAUAAGAAUGAUGAUGCUGCUGCCCAAAAAGCCUACAAGAUCGAGUACCAAAGGAAGUCUCGUGAUAAUGCUCGCACCCCCAUGCAGUGGGAUGCGAGCCCCAACGCAGGCUUCACCACUGCUGAUGCCAAACCCUGGAUGCGUGUCAACGAUAACUAUACUGAAGUCAACGCCGCCUCCCAAACGUCAGACCCCAAGUCUGUGUACAGCUGCUAUCGCCAGGUCCUCCAGAAGCGCAAGGAGCAUAUCGAUGUCUUCGUCUACGGCAAUUUCCUGCUUGUAGAUGAUGCUAACGAUAAGAUAUUUGCCUACUCACGACGCGCUGACAACGGGGACACUGCUCUCGUCGUGUGCAACUUCUCAACAGAUUCAGUUGCGUGGAAGUUGCCCGGUGAGGCACAUGAAGUGCUGGUCAGCACUGCGGGGAGGACAGCAGAUGAUCUCAACAGCGGCGAGAUCAAGCUGGCACCUUGUGAGGCCUUUGCUGUGCUGCUAAAGUGA